CAGAAGAGAUAGCAAAAGGACAAUAAAAUAAGGUGAGAAAAAGCGUAUGGUGAUUAAUAGAGACAAUCCGAAGCCCAUUUAAGCAAAUAACUCGCCCACGCCACCGGCCCACCGCACCUUCUACCUUCUACUGCAAACUAAACCCCCUCGCCCCACCUCCACCGGAGACGCCGUCGUAAUCCGCCAUUACGCCGGUGCCUCCGCCCCCCGUUCUCUCCAGUUCAAAGAUUCAGGAAAACAUCAAAAUGACACGCGGCUGCAAGUUCUCCUUCCACGUUGCCAUCGUGAUAGCCGCCAUCACUUACAUCUACCUCUCCACAGUUUUCGUCUUCAUUGACCGGUGGUUCGGGCUCUGGUCGUCUCCCGGCAUGCUACACACCGUUGUUUUUACUUUCUUAGCUCUCAUGUGCAUCUCCAGUUACCGCCUCGCCAUUUAUACCGAUCCGGGUCGGGUCCCCGCUUCUUUCGUCCCCGAUAUUGAGGAUGCUACUAACCCGAUCCACGAGAUCAAACGCAAGGGGGGCGAUUUGAGGUAUUGCCAAAAGUGUUCCCAUUAUAAGCCUCCUCGGGCACAUCAUUGCCGCAUAUGUAACCGAUGUGUUCUACGGAUGGAUCACCAUUGUGUUUGGAUGAAUAAUUGUGUGGGACACGCAAACUAUAAGAUCUUCUUUGUUUUUGUGGUUUAUGCUGUCACCGCUUGUGUAUACUCGCUGGUAUUGCUCCUUGGUAGCAUCACAGUUGAUUCUCAGAAUGAUAUUGAUGACUCUGACAGAAUUAUACAUGUCAUUUCUGGGUUACUGUUGGUACCACUAAGUUUGGCACUGGGAUUUUUCCUUGGCUGGCAUAUCUAUCUUAUUGUACAAAACAAGACCACAAUUGAGUACCAUGAAGGUGUGAGAGCUAUGUGGCUUGCAGAAAAAGGAGGCCAGCUCUAUUCGCACCCGUAUGAUAUUGGUGUAUACGAGAAUCUGACAGCUAUUCUGGGUCCAACAAUCCUUUUCUGGCUUUGCCCCACAACAGGACAUGUUGGUUCUGGCCUUCGCUUUCAAACAAAGUAUGAUAGACUUAUCGUAACAUCUGCUCCAGAUUAAAAAUAUGAUUUCCUCAGUUGAAACCAUAGUCGCCGUAACAAACAAUUGUAUCUUUAGCUUUGAAAAGUGCGCUAAUCUUUGGUGAUUCUGGCCUUACAGUCUGCUUCACUCUGCUCACGGUGGUAGAGGAUAGUUUCAGACAUCUUCUGUUAACCAACAAGCGUCUUGUGGCAGGGCGUCUAAGCAUUUCUGCUACAAUUCAAGGUUCCUAGGUUGCAUUGUAUCAGUAUAGGUUUUGUUUCAUGCUCGUCUUGCGGCUUACAGCAGAAGUAUUGAGCUUUUGUCUUUUCUGAAGCAUCCUAGAGUAGGAAGUUUCUUGGUUAUCUGUAUAGAAGUUAACCAAACGUGCAUCAUGUACAAAAAGGGAAUAGGAUCCCUAGUUGACUCAUACCAGCAGAGAGAAGAGGUAGACUCCCAAAUUGUAAUCUUGUGACUGCCAAAGAUUUUCUCAGCGAUAGAUGAUUAUACCCUUUCUGUAAGUUAGUAGUUGAUGCAUGUUGUUUUUAUUA